AUGGCUCAGGGACUAAUGCACCUCUUCAUUCUCGGUUUUUUGGUAUUCGCUCAGGCCAGCAUGCUCCAGGCUCGACCAGCACCACCAGACGAUGACGAUGAAGGGCCAUCUCACCAUCCUUAUGAGCUUGGAGAUGUGGGUCAGAUCUUUCAUGAGCUUCCAGAUGCGAGUCAGAGCUUUCACGAGCUUCCAGACAAAUGGACUCCAGGGAUCCUCCCGGCGACCAAGGCGCCGGUCGCCCAUCUUUCCCGUCCACACCGAGUGGCCAUGGCCCUCAACAAAAUAGCGCUAUUGAGCAUGAAAAAGAACAUAGCCAGCCGUUGUCACCCUCCCCUGCACGGCAGCGUGCAAAUCUUGCCAAAAGACUUCCGCAAGAAAGGACCUCAGACCCCACGCAAACAUUACCAUUACUUCAUCUUCCCAUCGGAUUCAUGGAGAGCGCUACCUGCAGCACUGGCCGGGCGUUACAGGGAUCAGAUCGAAAUUCUUAUCAGCAAGCUUGAUGGUCUCUCCGAAGAGGAUAUGCUGACUCAGAUCAGGCAUUUCAUUGCGACUCUGCGAAAUGAGCACCCUCUCGACGUUCAAAGAGCGUGGGAAUCGCAAGAGCAAGAGAAGGAGCAAGCUAGGAAAGAAAAGGAGCAAGCUAGGAAAAGAAAGGAGCAAGCUAGGAAAAAAAAGAAGCAAGCCACGGCAGAUGAGGACAUCAAGCAGAAGAGGAGGAAGCGGAAGAGAGAGCGGCUAGCAGCAAAUCGAGUCUCUGAAGGGGCUUCUACUAAUGAUGAACCCAGCCUCUUCUCUUCUCCGAGACUUGGCGACAUGACCCAGGAGUCAUGGAGCAAAGACGGUGCUGACCAAGACCCUUCGUCUCCUCCUGAUUUCUACCGGCCACUUCCUUUUAUCAAGAGACGCCAGGAUGGAGGCAAGACGCCGCUGAUCCCAAGUAUCAGAGACCGAAUGGUGAUCUCACCGAAGUCCGCCAGACGGAUGGUGUUCGAGAAACGAUUCGAGAAAAGAUAG